AUGCGGGAAAAUGCCAAUCUAAACGGCUCUCGCAGCGGCACCAAACUCUUCCGCUACGAUGAAGUGAGUCUGGCUUCAAUACGCGCCUGUCUUAGUAAUGAUCUCCUUCUAACUGGUCAAACUAGUUCAGGUCUCUCACUGCCUGGUCAACCGAGUGUUGCUAACGGACUUAACACCUCAGUUGCCAACCCUAUCUCGAUGGGGUCUACAGGAGCUUCUGCGACCCCCACUUCCGUGGGUUCUACCAGUAAUAGCAGCACAGCAUCUGUCGUUAAUGCUUCUAAUACUACUUCGGCGUCUACUAACUCCAUUGGAACUAUCUGUACUAGUGUUGUUGGCUCGUCUGCCUCCGGCCAGAUGGCUGCUCGUGUUCUUCUCAACACCUAUCCUCGUCUAAAAGCGAUGAUCGCCCCUGCAAUUUUACGAACUAUUAGUGAGCUUAUCACUCCUAUUUACGAUAGAUGUGCACGUAUUGCGGUCCCUACGGUGAACGCGAUAAUUCGUAAAGACUUUGCCCUUGAUCCAGACCCUGCACGUAUGACACACGCAGCGACUCUAAUGGUCAAGCAUCUCGCAGCUGGAGUAUCUCUUAUUACCGGUAGGUCUCACUUAAUACAUAUAUAA